AUGUUGACGUGUUUCCGAAACUCCACCUUUCACCCGCCCUUCCUAUGCGUCCCCGUCCCGUCCCCCCCGCUUAACCAGGAGUACACGCACCCCCUGCUCAAGUACUACCGCAUGCACGGCCGCAUCCCUCCCCUGAGCUUCUUCAUCACUUACCUCUGCGAGAUCGUGUUCUUCUGGAGGUUCAUGCUCUUCACGUUCACCGUGGGCUACAAGCUCUUCCUGUCCCUGGCUGCCUACUACAUCAUGAACAGGCAUUGGGCUCAGAUUUUCACCCCGCUGUCCACGUCUGCUCUGGUGGUGAGCUGGCUACUCACGCUGGGGUGCGACCCUCGGGACCGCGUCAGCAACCAGAUGAUGAAUGUCCACUUCUGGUUCCACGCUUUGAGCGAGAUCCCGGAUAUCCUCGUUUGGAUCAAGAACGGGGAGACUUUGCAGGCAAAGCAUGUGGUCUUCAACGUUUUGGUCCUGGUGAUCGUGUGGCCGUGGGUAUACAUCGCCUACCGCCGCGUGCUGACCAACCUCAGGGCCAAGUACUGCGGACAUGAGGAGGACACGAGCGUGAAGUUGUUCUGGGAAGGAUCGUUCCUCAUGGCCGUCGAAUUCUAUCUCGCGUUCCAGGCGAACGGGUGUCUUACUCACGCCCCCGUGGGCGAGGAGGCUAUCUGCGACAACAUCAUCCACUCCAACCUCAUCUCGGGCAUGAACAUCAUCCUCAUCUUCCUCGUCGUCCGGGUGAUCCUCUUCAAGAUGGGGGACCUCACGAUCACGAGGACUCUCCACCUCGAGCUCAGGCCCUACGAGAUUCUGGUGGUGAUCUUCUCCGUGGUAUCCGGCUCGGUGUCGCUGUACUUCAUGGCCAAUCGAGAGGACGGCGUAACCGAGGUCGGAGAGGUCCGGCAGGGCCUGGAGUGGGCCACCAUGUUCUUAUGGAUCGUCGUCUGCCUGCUGAUGGCUCACCUCACGCCGACCGUAGGAAGCGGCAGGGCUAAGGCGCUCGAGGUGAUGGUCAGCCAAAAUGGCGGCGGGGGGGGCUCCGCAGCAACACCAAACAUGCCAUCUACAGCCAAUGCUCCAGGCCUUGAUGAGGCCGCCAACAACCUGGCCCUAGCCAUGGCAGCGGAGAGGCGGAAAGGGAGCCGUGCCGGGCUUACCAACAGUCCUUCAAAGGGAAGCCCCCCCCGCCUAUCGGGCCGCAAGUCCAGCACCCCCAACGGCGGGCCGCGACAACAAAGGGACGGCAACAACAACACCGACACCAAGGACGACGGAGGGGCUACUGCUACUGCCGCCACCGAAACCAACGGAUCGACACCGCUCGCCGGCAACGAGGGCGCGGAGAUGAUGCGCGUCUCCACUCCCACGCGGGAAGGCGGCGGCGGCGGCGGCGGCGGCGGCGGCGGCGAGGACUGGGUGGCGGUAGAUGGCGAGGAUGGCGACGAUGACAAGGAGGACGACAGCAGGGGGUACGCGACGGCGGUGGUUGGGGUGUCGUUCGCAUGCGUGUGCUCUCACUGGCUCAUUUCCAUCGAGCACCCCACGUCCACGAUGGAAAUCGUGCACCUGCUGCUGCACGCCUGCACGGAGGCGAUCUCGGUUCUGCUCUGGGUCAGCGUCAGGGACUGGACCCAGGCCGUGUAUACGCUGAGCGCGUUCUUCGCCGUGUACCCGUGCCUCUUCUACGGUAUUCAGGCACUCAAGCUAGGCCUGCACCGAAAGUUCUCGGACCACCUGGGCCUGGUCAGGGAGGCGAUGAAAAUCUUCUUGUGGUCAUCGGUGCUGCUCAUGGUCCUGAUGUACCUGGCGUUCGAGUGCAUCGGGUGCCUUAACUCGAGACCGGAAGCGGAUUGCGCGGCCCUUCUAUACGCGAACACACAGGACAGGUAUUAUGUUGUCAUAGAAAGGUCCUUCACAUUCCUGCAGGUGGGACUGUCGGUGGUUCUCGGGUUCCUGUCCUUCCUCGGGCUGAUCGUGAUGCAGGACAUCACCUCGAGGCAUUUCCUGUCGCUCAGUUUCACGUGGCCCCAGGUGGCGGUGCUGACGUUCAGCCUGGUGGCGGUGGGGUUGUGCAUCUUCAGCCUGGCCAGCAGACACUUUAGCAAGCUCACCACUGACCUGUGGGAGCACAUGGUCGAGUUGGCGACGCUCUUCAGCUGGUACGCGGCCCUGCUGAUCCUGUGGAUCCGACGGCCAUGGUACGACACAGCCUGGGGGGAGAACGACAGCAUGAGCCUCAACGAGGCCGAUGAGGAGGAGGCGGGCAUCGGAGGGGACGACGACGAGGAGGUGUGGGACGCAGGUUCGACUCGAGACGAGAUCUCAGAAGACGCGGCACUAUCGGCGGCAGAAAAGGAGCAGGGGCGAGAAGAGACCCCUGAGUGGGCUCGGGUUCCGACAGACGCCGGCGGUAAGCCUGCUGCCGACUUUGUCUGAGCCGAGAGGGAAGCCUACGGGCACU